AUGUCGUUCUUCAACUCCAUCGGUCGCUCCAUGGGCCGCAAUUCACGCCCCAAAAAGUCACCUACGCAUCCCAACAUGCCCACGUUCGAUCCCUCGUCUCUCUCCAACUAUCCACGCUCGCCCACCUCUCCUUCGUCCUCGUCGCUCGGUUUGGGCUCAAAUGGCAACCCUCUCUAUCUGUGCCAACCAUUCGUUGGCGCAUCGCUAGUCAAAGGAUCGCUGAAAACGAUCUCGUCGGUCCCCAAAUACGUCGAUCCCAAAGAAUGGAUCGGCGUCAACCUGUUUGAUUUUUUCAACAACCUCAAUCAGUUCUACGGCGUACUCACCGAGUUUUGCACUGUCGCUGCCAAUCCUACCAUGUCGGCCGGUCCAGGUCUGGAUUACACGUGGAUUGAUCAGAAUCGCAAACAGGUGAAAUUGCCCGCACCGCAGUACAUUGACUACGUGAUGACCUGGGUGGGCGGGUUGCUGUCUGACGAAGCUACGUUUCCUACCAAAGCAAGUCGAGAUUUUCCACCGACAUUUCUGACGACGUGCAAGCACAUUUACAAACAGCUUCUGCGCGUAUUUGCGCACAUCUACCAUGCUCAGUUCAGCUAUCUGGUUCAUUUGUGCUGCGAGGGGCAUUUCAACAGUUUGUUUGCACAUUUCAUCGCAUUCGGCAGCGAGAAUCGGCUGUUUGAUUAUAGGGACUUCAGGUGGUCCGCAGCAGCUGCCGGACAGACUGGUGUCUCUGCCAGUGCUCCUGCUACUGCCCCAUAUCCGGGCGUAUGCGACUUGAUCGAAAAGUGGGUCGACAUGGGCAUCCUCGGCCCUGAAUGCAUCGGUCAGAGAUAA